CCCUUCAGACAGGCUAGACAUUUACUGCAGAUAUAUCGUAGGACGUUGGAGGGUUUUAUUUACCCAAAACAUACUUUCAAAUGGGCCCCGUCGCCUAGCGUUUACUCCCCCAAGCCUCGCCUGUUGAGUUGGGUGCUAUUGAACAUCAGCACGUCUGGGUAACAAAAAGGGUUUCUAACGCAUGAUUCAACAAGAUCGGCAGAAUGGCAGCGAUCAACGCAGGCGGUUCUCUUGUGGCUACCCAUGACUACUACCGAAGGCGCAUCGGCUCCACCUCCAGCAGCAGCUCCUGUGGUAGUUCAGAGUACAGCGGGGAAGUCAUUCCACACCAUCCAGGUCUGCCCAAACAAGACUCGGGACAUUGGUGGUCCAGCUUCUUCUUCGGGAAGCAGAACCAACCAGGAAUGACCACUCUGCCUGAGGAGGUCCAGCAGAAGGCGGCGGCCAUGACUGUGACCAACGGCGAGGUGACCUGCGUUGCCAGGGAGAUGAUGAUGAUGAAGAGGCAGGUCAGCGACGCCGGGAGGUCCGAGCCGGGGAGUCCACCCCUCUCCUAAGGCAAGGGACCAACGCUAGGAGACGGAGGCUGCGUCCCUGUCCCCUAAACCCUUGAAUCCGUUCCAACCUCCACAUUACAUAGAAUGUAUGCCUGAUACGUCGUUUCAUACUAGGUAGUAUGCUAGCGUAGAUAUUGGGACAGACACCCUUUAACCCUCAACUAUGGGUGUGUCCCAAAUACCACCCUAUUCCCUAUUUAGUGCACUAAUUCAUUAUAUAGGGUGCCAUUUGGGAUGUAGCCAUGUUCCAACAUUCGCAUUAGCAAACUACAUAGAAUGCAUGCCUGUUGCGUUGCUCCAUGCUAAGUAGUAUGGAUAUUGGAACAGACCACUUUAGUUUGUCUUAGUAGGACAGGCUGCCAAUGAACGUUGUGUUUUUUUUUUGUAUCCAGUUUUUGUAUUAUCUUUGACUAAAAAUAAAAUGAGGACAAACUA